GUUGCAUCCAACAGCAAGCGCCUCAGUAAAAAGGGACUUUACAGUUAUUGCUUCCACAUCUAGACAAACGAAAAGAAACAAGCAUGGAUUUGGAUUAUGUUGAAUAUGAAGAUUACACUCCAGGCAAUGACACCGAGAGCAACACCACCACAGCUGAACUACUGAAUUUCAGCAGUUCUCGGUCUGCUGUGACCCAUGUUCUGGUGGCAGUCAAUAUCCUUAUAACUGUUAUUGGCCUUGGAGGAAAUUCAUUAGUGAUCUGGAUCUGUGGAUGGAAAAUGAAAAGAACGGUCAUCACCACCUGGUAUAUCAGUCUGGCCAUUUCAGACUUUUUGUUCUGUGCGUUUCUGCCCCUGGAAGUUUUCUACAUGAUAACCUCACAUUGGCCUUUUGGACUGGUCUUGUGCAAACUGACCUCCUCCGCCCUGUUUCUCAACAUGUACAGCAGUGUGUUCCUAUUGGUUUUGAUCAGCACCGAUCGCUGUAUAAUGAUUUCAUUUCCUGUCUGGUCACAUAACCACCGGAACGUGCGGAAGGCAUUUGGAGUUGUUGUUCUCAUGUGGCUCCUUUCUGCACUCUUAACGUUGCCCUCAAUGAUCUUCAGACAAACCAUAGUCCAUGGCUCAGUCACUCAGUGCUACACAGAUUACAAGGGCCAUUCUGGCCACAAGGUAGUGGCACUGACUCGAUUCAUCUGCGGGUUCCUAAUUCCUAUCCUAAUUAUUCUUUACUGCUGCUCUGUGCUCGGUGUGAAGCUUCGAAGUUUGACCAUCAAGUCAACAAAGCCUUACAAGGUCAUGGCGGCACUCAUCUUAUCAUUUUUCUUCUGCUGGGUCCCCUACCAUGCCUUUGUGCUUCUAGAAUUAGACUUGAAGAACCAAAGUGUGGAUGUACUUCAAACUGGGCUGAAGGUGGGAGCCACCCUGGCCGCAGCAAACAGCUUCAUAUCCCCAGUUCUAUAUGUCUUCAUUGGUAAUGACUUUAAACAAACUCUAAAGCGGUCUUUGACAUCAAGGAUAGAGGAUGCAAUGGAGGAGGACUUUCGUACAGGUGCUCUCAAUCACUCAAGGUCUAAGUCAAUGGAAAUUAUCUAAAAUGAAACUCAAACCUUUGUCAUCAAUGAUAUGGAGUAUUACAAAGUAUAGAUCAUGAUUAUUGAGCUGGGUGAUGUCAACAAAAUCAUAUGUACUUGAUUGAUGAUUUAUUUAUCACUGAUAAAACCUCACUCACUUUUAGAGAGUGGAUUGGCCACUGACAUACAUUUUUGUUACUUUCAACUUAAAAAAAACUUUACAUUCAGAUAUUUUGUAUUUUUAGAUUGUUUUUAUGUCUGUGAAUGAAUUCCUUUUGUGUUGUUAUGUUUAGGGGUUCAAAUUGCCCCUUGUGGAACAAAUUGAGUUUUUUAAAUUGAAUUAAAUGUAUUAUUUGCAAAACAUUAUAAUUUGGUUGACCUAACUUUAAGUAAAACAUACCUGAAGUGAAACAUUCAUGUGACCAUCGUCUAUGAAUUGUUCUGGAAAAACAAAUGUCUUAAUUAUUAAUCUUGUUAUUUGAAAUUGAUGCUAGCUUAAAAUUUAUGAAGGAAAGUAAACAAAAUACGUACUACAAAUGUAACCCUACUAGCAAGCAGUACUGUUGUGUAUCUUUGUAUUUUCUGUUAUUUUAAUUCAUUAAUAAUAAUUCAUUAAUUCAAAGGCAAAUAAAAAUAUUCAACAUGC